AUGCAAGAAGCGAAACGAUCGAUACGAGUUGCCACGGGCUUGUUGUGGAAGCCUUUCGAUGUACGUUUCGAAGACGUACUCGAAAACUUUAGAUUCCAUAAGGAUCUAGUCAAUUCCGAAUUACUUCUUGCACAGCUCCUUGAGACCAGAGAUGGCAAGGCAAACAUUGCGUCGCAGAUUCAGGCUCUUCAGGAAGCUCUUCGAAAGCGAGAAGAGCAAUUCGCAGCUCGAGACGCACAAUCACUCAGCCCACAAGCGGCGGACAUGAAGAAAAACAUAAUGGAUCGAAAGGUGGCAGAAAUCAAGUUCUGGAUCAAGACACCACAUUUUGACCAACCAUACGAGCGCGCGCUUGAUCAGAAAGAGCCAGGAACUGCGGAGUGGCUUUUAUCACAACAGGUUGCCAUGGACUGGCUCAACCGCCAUGGUCAAGGCUUACCCGAUCCCAAGAGACGAAAAUUCGACGAGCAGGCAUUCUGGGUACAAGCCUCUACUGUAGCAGAAUUCAAAACCACACAGAUCACAAGUAGUCAAUCCCCGCAGGUGUUCUACUUCUUCUUUCAAGACGGACUACCUGAGUUUCAGGAUUCAAGUGCACCGCUUCGCGCAUUUCUGGCCCAGAUGUUCCACAUCAAGCGCACCGACGAAGAUGUCAUAGACCGAUUUUCCUUUAUCAUGGAUGAAACUUCAUCUGGCUCGCCUGUAGCAUCCCGUGGCGCAUUGCUGGAGCUUCUGCAACUUUGUAUUGGCUAUUCUGAAAGCGCCAUCUUCGUUAUCGAUGGCCUCGAUGAGUGUGAAGAUCCAGAAGCAUUCACCAAGGACCUCCUUGCUUUAAGCAACGAGUCUAAUCGCAUUAAACUCCUCCUCUUCAGUAGACCCAACGUAAGCGCACUCUUCAAGACUGUUCCAGACAAGCAGCAUCUCAACAUCGGAAAUCUCAACAAAGCUGAUAUCGAGGCUCUCGUACGCUCACAACUGGACGAGAUGGAUGAAGAAGAGAUGUUCCCGGCCACUGUCGACAUAACUGAGCUGGGUGAUCGAAUGAUAUUUGGCGCUAGUGGUAUGUUCCUGUGGGUACGACUGAUGGUUGCUUACCUGAACUCCCCCGCCCUGACCAGACGCCAAAGGAGUGAGGCAAUCAUGAACAUCACGACACCUGAGGGUCUUGAACAAAUGUACGAUCGAAUUGUGGUUUUGAUAAAAGGCAAAAACAGUGCAGAACGGGACCUCGCAUCGCGUAUAUUCAUCUGGCUGCUCCACUCAAAAAGACCCCUGACAACACAAGAGCUUCAAGUGGCCAUCUCAGAUGAUUCUUCGUUGCAAUCCGGCGUUGAUGACGACUACGUCGAUUUCAAACGCAGUGUCAUCAUGAGUUGUGCAGGUCUUGUCGAGGUUCAGACCACAUCCAGUGAUACCUUCGCCGCCGACAUUCGUUCCUUUCAGUUCAUCCAUCUCUCAGCAAAAGAGUAUAUUCUGGACCAACAUGUUGGUGAUGCAGAGAAUACCUCACAUGGAAAGAGAUCGAUGUCCAUCACGGCUACCGGUCACGGGGCGAGUCUCGCACAAAUUGCCACUCGAUGCCUCGCAGUCCUUUGCUACCGACUGCCAGCCGAUCCCUUGAGUGGGUCAUUGGAUUCUAACAUCACGCCAACGGAGAUACACAAGAUGUUCCCCUUUGUGGGCUAUGCGGCCUGUCACUGGAUUGAUCAUUGUCUCGAUGAUUUACGCUCCAAUCGCGACGCGGAUACGAUUCUUGCACCAAUGUUUCCGAUGUUGGAUACAUUCAUGUCACUGAAGCGACAUUUGAUGGCAUGGAUUGAAGCCUCAUAUGCUUUCCGACGGAUACCCAGCGCCAGCAAAUUAGAAGAGGUCAGCCGCACCAUCUCUUCACUUAUCGUCGAAGAUGGGCCCAAAAAUGAUCUCCUAGAGAAGUUGGUUCGUGAUACCACUGAGCUAGCACGCUACGCCAACAUAUUAGAAAACGACUGGGGCCGCCAGUUACUUCAGUCUCCCAUAGAUGUAUGGGAAGAGAUCACUGCUUUUACAACAAGUCGACUGGUGGAAGGGACGCGUCAUACGCAAGUACAUACACUGAUAAUGGAUCCCCCUAAGGCCGAAUCAAUCGGCUCGCGUUACUUAUCGAAGAUUUCAGAGCUCAGCGAGGAUGGCAAAACCGUAGCGAUCCUGAGUAUCUGGCCAUCGAAGUAA